CUCUUCUCGCUCCGGGAGCUGGUGCAGUGGCUGGGCUUCGCCACCUUCGAGCUCUUCGUGCACCUGCUGGCGCUGCUGGCGUUCUCCGUGCUGCUGGCGCUGCGCGCCGACGGCCUGGCCCCCGGCCUGACCUGGUGGACCGUGUUCGUGCCCUUCUUCGCCGCCGACGGGCUCAGCACCUACUUCACCACCAUCGUGUCGGUGCGCCUCUUCCAGGACGGCGAGAAGCGGCUGGCGGUGCUGCGCCUCUUCUGGGUCCUCACGGUGCUCAGCCUCAAGUUCGUCUUCGAGAUGCUGCUGUGCCAGAAGCUGGUGGAGCAGACCCGGGAGCUCUGGUUCGGGCUGAUCACGUCCCCGGUCUUCAUCCUGCUGCAGCUGCUCAUGAUCCGCGCCUGCCGGGUCAACUAGCGCCGCGGCCGGGCAGCCACUCCGGGUCAGGAAGCGCCGCCGCCCGCGCCGGAGCGCCCGCGGCCUCAGACCCAGCAUGCCGCAUCUCCCAGCCGGGCUCAGAGCGGCGGGCCCCAGACUGCACUUGAGCUCGGAGUCGCCCGCCCCCGACCGAGGCCUGAGGAGGGAGGGCCCAGGCCGGACGACCCUGAGCUACCGUGAGGGCUGAAGGCCGGAGAAGGGAAGCGCCCAUGUGCGCGCUCCGCGUGCGUGCCUGCGUCCUGGGGAGGUGCCCUCCGUGCGAAAGCUGCAGAGCCCCACUCGGGAAUGGCCUCUGGCCAGCGCUCCCCUUCAAGCUCCUGGCCGGCCCAUCCAUCUGGCAAGACUUCUUAGAUGCCUGAGCUCUAAAAAGUCAGGAAAACCAGCUUGUGCCCUUUUCCCCGCGCCACUGGGGAGGAUGGUCCUUCCCCCAGCACAGCGGACAGCGGACAGCGGACAGCGGCGUGAGGAGAAGCCCCUCCGGGACACUGUGCGGUGACCCGCCCCCUGAGAAAGGAACUCGCUUCCGGGUGCUUGCUUGGCUUCCUGUCCCCGCAGAUUGCUGUGCCUCGACUGCCCUCCCACCCGCGGCCGGCAGUGCUUGCGCACCUCGGGCAGGGUGAGCCCCCCAAGGGCAGAGAGGAACUUGCACUCGCACCCCACGGGCCUCGUGGAGUCUGGGAUGGCCGUGGCCACCCCUGUGGACCCGGGUCCCACUCACAGAUGGAUGCCGGUCAGGUGCCAAACGGGACGUUUGCGGAGAUGAGAAUAAAAUGAGAAUGUUCUGCUGACA